CAGAUAAGUAAUGGAACUUCAUCAGUGAUUGUACCCAGGAAACGCACUUCUGACGGCAAUUAUGAAAAAGAAAAAGACUUGUGUAUAAAAUUUUUUGAUCAGUGGUCUGAAUCAGAUCAAGUUGAGUUUGUUGAGCACCUUAUAUCUCGGAUGUGUCACUACCAGCAUGGUCAUAUUAACUCGUAUUUGAAGCCCAUGCUGCAGCGGGAUUUCAUUACAGCACUGCCGGAACAGGGCUUAGAACAUAUUGCAGAAAACAUUCUCUCCUACCUAGAUGCACGGUCGCUUUGUGCUGCAGAACUUGUGUGUAAAGAAUGGCAGAGGGUGAUUUCAGAGGGAAUGUUGUGGAAAAAACUGAUAGAAAGAAUGGUGCGCACAGAUCCACUUUGGAAGGGCCUGUCAGAAAGAAGGGGGUGGGAUCAGUAUUUAUUUAAAAACAGACCGAACGAUGGUCCGCCAAAUUCAUUUUAUCGGUCCUUAUAUCCCAAAAUUAUUGAAGACAUUGAGACCAUAGAAGCAAACUGGAGGUGUGGCAGGCAUAAUCUGCAGAGAAUACAGUGUCGUUCUGAAAACAGUAAAGGAGUAUAUUGUCUUCAGUAUGAUGAUGAUAAGAUUAUUAGUGGCCUCCGAGAUAACUCUAUUAAGAUAUGGGAUAAAACCACGUUGGAAUGUCUAAAAAUCCUAACAGGCCACACUGGAUCAGUCCUCUGUUUACAGUAUGACGAACGAGUCAUAGUUACAGGCUCUUCAGACUCCACUGUAAGAGUUUGGGAUGUGAAUAGCGGGGAAGUACUCAACACUCUGAUUCAUCAUAAUGAAGCAGUACUUCAUCUUCGAUUUUGCAAUGGCUUAAUGGUAACUUGUUCAAAAGACCGGUCAAUUGCUGUAUGGGAUAUGGCCUCUCCAACAGAUAUUACACUACGGCGAGUCCUGGUUGGGCAUCGUGCAGCUGUAAAUGUAGUUGACUUUGAUGACAAAUACAUUGUUUCUGCUUCUGGUGAUAGGACAAUUAAGGUAAGUCUAUGUUAA